GGGUUUAAGGAGGAGACGGAAAGCUCAAAACUUUAGCGACUAUGGAGCCAGAGAAGGUGAGGGUUCGUCUCUCUUUUGAGGAUCAACGGGUUCUGAGUAAGUCCCAGAAGAAGCAAGGUCUAAAGCGGAGCUGGGUUGUUCUGGAUCCUAAAUGUCACCGAACUGUUUCGGAGUUCUCUGAUCAUCUUCUUCACACAUUUUGCCUCUUUGAAGCUUGUCCUCAUGGCAUUUCUCUAUCUAUGGACGGUUUCGUUUUGCCGCCGUUUGAGUCGAGCUGUGUAUUGAAGGAUAAAGACACAGUGUGUGUUAGGAGAAAGAAGGAACCUUUGUUAGAGCUUGUGGAGGAAGACAGUGAGGAGAAUGUUUGUGCUGAGAUUGAGGCUGAGGAGAGGGCUCCUGGGGCAAUGCUUCUUGCUAAUGAGGAGUUCCAGAAGGAAACUGGAGGAUAUGAAAGUGAGUCUGAGGAAGAUGAGCUUGAAGAGAUUGUCCCGGAGAAGAAGACUUCAAAGAAACGUAAAGCUUCGAGUAAAAGCACAAGCUCCAAGAGGAAGAAGUCUAAGUUAGCUACCACUGAAGAAAGUCCCGUGGAAAAAGAAAACGAAGCUGUUGUAAGCAAAAGCAAUGCUGUGAAGAAGAGUAAAACAUCGGAUGCACGGAGAACUGAAAAUGAUGAACAUAAUGAUGUUAAAGCCAAGUCUAAGACCAAUUCAAAGAAGUCCUCGAAACAAGCAGAAAGCAAAGAGACUAACGAACAGUGCAACAUGUCUGGUGAAACUAAAAAGACACCUAGCAGAAGCGCUCGGCGUAAAAAGGCUAAACGGCAAUGGUUGAGAGAGAAGACAAAACAAGAGAAGGAAGAGUAUUUGCAGCUUAAACAGAAGCAGAUGGUUGUAGCACCCAACCAAAAACCAGCUUUCACUACAAACCACCAAGUAACCAAGGAAAAUCGCUCUGAAGCUCUGGAAACUCAGAAGCCAGAUGAAAAUGGUGAUGGCGUUGGGGAUGAAGUUGUUCCUGUGGAAGUGAGGCCAGGCCACAUUCGCUUCGAGCCGCUCGAUAAAACAGAUCAAGCUUCUGCUGAAGAAAUUGCACCUCCUGCGGAAAAUUUUGUGUGGAAUGGAAACAUGACGAAGAAGAAAGGCCAAAAAUGGGGAAGAGAGAAGGCAGGAUUGUCCAAACGAUAUGCUCAGGAUAUGGAUGAAGAUACUUAUCAGACCGAGCCAGCUGAGGCAGAGACAGUUGCUAAGGGUCAGAUCGACUUUGAACAGCUUGUGGCUUACUCUGGCUCCGUAAAGAAAGGAGAUGUUAUUGCAUACCGCCUCAUUGAGCUAACAUCGUCUUGGACUCCUGAAGUUUCCUCCUUUCGAGUUGGAAAGAUAAGCAACUAUGAUCCAGAAUCCAAGAAGGUGACUUUGAUGCCUGUUGAAGAAUAUCCAAUCGAGAAGAAGACAGAAGAGGACACCGAUGAUUCCUCAAUGCAACCUGAUACGUCUCUUUAUAAAGAAGACGGAUCUUUGGAGAUAGAAUUUUCUUCUCUGCUUGAUGUCCGCUGCAUCAAAACUAGCAGCAGCUCAGAUACCGCAGAAGCAGCCAAGUCAGCACCGCUCAAACCUGUCCAAACAGCUACAAAUCUAAAGCCGAGCACAGACAACGGUUUGCAAACCCCUGUAAAAGAAAAUGGGAAAGUGGACCCUUGGGAAGAACUAAGUAACGCUUUAAGUGCGAAAAAGGCACAACUGGCUCAAGCCAACAAUGGUGGGUGGAACAAGAAAGGGAGCUCAAGUGGAGGAUCGGCGUGGUCUUACAAGGCACUGCGAGGUAGCGGAAUGGGACCUGUAAUGAAGUAUCUUAGAUCUCAGAAAGAGAUAUAAAAAACUAGGCUUAAAUCUUUAAAACUCUCAUUUGGUGUAUGUGAAAAACUCAGACAGAAGAAGAGAAACCUUUUUCUGUUUUGAUGCGGUGUAGGCAUGGCUGAGUUUUCGUUCGGGUAGGGGUUUAUUAUGUAUAGAGAAAAACGAUGGAUGGUUCAAAUUCCACAGCUGUCAUCCAUUGUAUUUUAAUUUCCCUACAUGGAAAAAUGAAUAAAAAAUCAUUUUGCGAGGUAUCCGUCGUUUGACCCAACCCAAACAUCUAAGAGCAUAUUUAUCCCAGUCUCUUAAGGAGUCUUUUGGUUUAAUUACAAAAUAAAAAAAAAUAAAAAAUAUCAAUUAUCAUAAAGACAUCUCUUAAUUAGGGUACACAAGAGACGGUCUCCUCUCCUUCCUUUGUCCUGUAGCUUCUUCUUCUCCAUCUCACUUCUGUCAUGCUUUCUUCAAAAUGAAGUCACUCCUCCACGCAUUUUCGUCUUUAAGAAGAAGAAAAGCAAGAAAGAUGACAGCCACAGCUUCUCCUCGAGACCUGACGAAGCCACCGGCCCGUUUCCUGAAUUCAUUCUUCUCAAAUAGUUUGAUAGAGAAUGAUUGAUGUAGUCUUCUCACUCUCAAUGAUCUCACAUACCGCUUCGGAGUAAAAAUCCUCAAAAGAAGGAUGAAUGGUUCUCGUAAGCAAUCAAUCGUCUAUGCUGUUCGAGAUUACCAACCGCUAAAAGAAAGCAGCGUCGCUUGCUCUGCCACGACGACUGACGGAGCAAGAAGCUUAACGAUGCUAUGAUGUCAGUGGACUUAAAGCGUGGGGAAACUCUUCUUAUUCAUGUAAAUAUGACGUUUCCAUCUUUGCCUUGUGAUGGUAACAUUGAUUACUUUUUAGUUAUUUUCUCCAUACCUUUUUGGAUAACUAGUCUUCUUAAACUUUUAUCAUUUGAUCUUUAUUUUGUCUUGUAGUAUUGAGCAUGGAUGCUAUCGACAUGUCUUGUUUAUUUAGUAUAUAUAUCUUGUGAUGUUGUUCUUUGAAUUUUAGUUUUUCAAGUAUUGGUAUUUGAGGGAAGCUGCUAGGAUGGGUGUGAAACAGGCUCUAAGGAGCAUCGAUGCGUUCCCAAGAGCAGAGUGAAAGUCUGAAGUCUCACAAGUACCAUACUGGGAGUGAUUGUGAAGUGCUUGCCCAUCUUGUAAGUACCAUUUCUUACUUCCAUAGAUAGAUAGAUGUUGUUUGUGUUUGUCUCGUGUUGUGACAUAUACAUAACCUUCAAAAGCUAAAUAUAUGUAAUGAUGUCUACAAACAAAGUUAUAAUAUGUAUAUAUAUAUAUAUAAGCAAAUGAUGAUUCCAGUCUACUUUUAUGUACACAUUUACCUGUGUUCCUAGAUUAUUUUGUGUAUAUGGAUGAGUAACAACAACUAUGAUCUCUAAAAACAAACUUGUGUUGAGAAUGUUUUAUACUUUUUUUUUUAAGAACUAUAAUUAAGAGACUUGCAAUAAACCACCUAAAUGUUCAAAUCUCUUUCUAAGUCUCUUAAUUCACUUUUACACUUUAAAAACUAUAAAAAAUUAAAUAAGAGACCCUUUAAGGGGUUUAGGGAUAAUGAUGCUCUAACUAUCCAAUUUUUUUUUUUAAUGUUUCUUAAAGCUUUUGGUUAGUAGUGGUGUACGCUAAUGAAUGACCUGGUGGGACUAUGGCUCGGCUCUUAUUUGAUUAAGAACAUUCCUUCGUUGACUGCUGUGAUGCAAAGGAGUUCUCUGGCAUCUCAUACGACCCCAUUCCACUUUUUUCCCUUUGAACCUCCAAAAAGCUAUACUUCUGAUUUUUUACCUUCAGAAGAGUCAUGUUCGUCUUUUGGCUAUUGAACUUUUAGUAACCUUCUAAUAAUAUUUGUUUCUGCAGGACAUUGUGGACGACAGAAUCUAACAUUGUCUGAGCAAUGAGGAAGGUGAUACCUUAUGCAGACGAAUGUCUGGUUUGUGCUCGAACAAACAAGUGGAAGCUCUACAAUAGUUUUAAUUAGGUUCGAAUGUAAAAACGUUCUUUUUUUGUAUAUGUGAUGAUUUUCAUUAACCUUGCGCAGGUAUGUUUUUAGAAAUUCAAGAUAUUUCAAUUAAAUUUAUUAAAAAUUAGGGAAAAUAA